AUGCCAUCACGACCAACGACACCAGUGGACCCCAAUUGGUCUGACAAUACACCGCCAGUCCCUGAUGUUGACGAACAUCAAUCUUUUGCGAAUAUAGUUCGAGGUCUCUCUUUCUACUUCGUUGAGGCUAUACAGACUCCACACACUUUCGAGGAGCUUCGGACAAUCCAGUAUGGGCGUUGUCUAAGUCCCCUGAUCAAACAUCUGUCAGACAAUGUCAAACAUCAAGCCAUAGUCUCCGCUCUUCUAGCCCUCAAAGGUCAUUUCGCCGCCCUCGAGUCUGAUGACGACCGCGGCGUGAAUGAGACGCGUGGUCUCGCCUGCGAGAUCGUUGCAUGGCGCUUCGUCACUCAUAUUACUGAACGGGAAGCCAUCGAUUAUCUGCUUUACGAGCUUUCCCCUACCGCCGCUCAUCACGACGAACCAGAGGAUCCAGAGGCUGGCAUCACACGGUCUUCAAGUUCACCCAUAGACAGAAACCUAUCUGGCGAACGUACACCGCUUCUGAACGGACUUGAACCGCCUCGAUUGUCCGGACUGUCAUCUUAUUUUGGUACUGACCGUGUCACCGACGGUAUGGAUGGUGCUCGCGAGGAGGACAGUUUUGCUGCCUCGUUCGAGAGUCUCAAUGCACUGGAGAUUGCCGCUAUCUGCGGUGCAAAGAAAUUCCUCAGCCAAAGAGUGAUCCAGAAGAUGAUCAACGGUAUCUGGAGGGGGGAUAUUGUCUUCUGGGAAACGUUAAGCACAACCUCUGUCAAAAAAGCAAGGAUAUACAACAAAAAGAGAGCGGAUCCAUACAGUAGACUUCGCGUCCCACGGUACCUGAAGGCCUUUGAGGUUCUGUUCUUCCUUGGAUUUCUUCUUCUGUACUACAUUGUCCUCGUCCAGCAGAGGUUCUACUCCAUCACGCCAGCGGAGGUGUUCCUCUACAUAUUCAUAGCUGGAUUCGCAUAUGAUGAGUGCAAGUUGCUUGCUACUUCCUUAAGCCGCCACCUUGGGGAGUACCAAGAUGCCGGUCAUGCGUUCUACGCUACUGACUUUUGGAGCCUCUGGGAUAUUGGAAUCGUUGCGGUCGGCGUUGCGUUCCUGAUUACCAGGGUUAUCGGGCUUGUCCGACAUUCGCAUGGCAUAGUGGACACAUCGUUUGAUAUACUAGCACUCGAGGCUCUCUUCCUUGUUCCAAGAAUCUGCUCACUGCUUAGUUUGAACCAAUACUUCGGCACACUCAUUCCGUGCCUCAAAGAAAUGACAAAAGACUUCAUCAAGUUCUUAAGCCUCGUCGUCAUCCUCUAUCUAGGCUUCCUCACCACAUUCACUCUAUUGGCCCGUGGCCACUUUUCGCCAGGAGAAAUGUCAUGGAUAUUGAUCAAGGUAUUCUUCGGGUCGAGCUAUCUUGGUUUCGAUGUUGCCCAAGAAAUGAACCUCAUACCGCUUCUCCUUCGCCCACUAAGGCUAAUCCUUCCAUCGGAGAAGAUCAGAAGCGCACGUAUCAUGCUUCUCAAAGCCACACACCUGCCUCACGUAGGCGCAAUUUGGAUCUAUGAGAACGGGCGCCAAUACCUCGCAGAGCGUCAUAUUGCCCGUGGUUCUGUAGUAUCCUCGAUGGGCGGACCCCAGUCUGCAACGACCAAGGGAGCCAUGAAGCGGGCAACGCUAAGAGCGUCGCUGAAGUCUCCACGGCUGUUGGUGCCAGCUACCCUCGUCCAAGCCUCGCUGGAUGGCGGCUCGCCCACGGGCAGAUCUCCCUCGCAUCGCCGCCGCAUCACAGGGGAUUCAUACGAGUCAAAUGAAGACCUGAGGUCACUGGUCAUCAGACUCAGUUCGCAAGUCAACCAGCUCGCUGCGACGAUCGCUCAGCAACAAACUCAAGAGGCACAGGUCGAUCAGGAAUGA